UCGAUAUGACCUUCUUCACUCACGACUGCUUCCACUUCACCAUUAAGGGGCAUGAAGAGCUGGCCAAGGGACUGUGGAACAACAUGUUUCAGCCCGAGGGGGGAAAGAUGAUUGUGAGCAGCUUCUCUGACCCCAUCAGCCUCAUCUGUCCACCGAUGGAACAGCCGUAUAUCUUCACCCGACCAAUUGCAGCCAAGUCAGGUCAGCCUCCACUGCAGUCUGGCGCUCUGUCACAGGCAGCGUACUUUCUGCUGCUCCUGCUCCUUGUGGGUUUGGCAUGUCUCGGACUUCUGUAGCUUUUACUUUGCUGGACUAUUUUACAAUCAUGCUACUGCUACGCUGGUCACUGUUGAGGUGAUACAGAGAAUCACCUGCAAAGGAGAGUCUGUGAGCCACUCGUCUUAGACAUUGCAUGUCUGGGGCCCCAAAUAGCAGCAUACAGGAAAGGACUGCGGUGAUAAGCUCUGAAAUCACGUAGAUAAUGUGACAGUGAAUGCUGCAACCUAAGUAUUUCAGCAUUAGAGGCAGGUGGAGGUGGU